GCGGGUGAAUGGGCAUAAGUAUGGAUGAUGCUCCCGCCGAAUGGACGAUGGAUCAUCACCAUCACCAUCACCACCACCACCAAAACCCACGUUGACAUCAUCCCUCAAUCAUCAUCUUGAGCAACCAAAUCAUCUCCACAGUCCACCGUGAUAACAUCACCAUGUCUGACAAGAAGAUCCUCACCGUCUUUGGCGCCACCGGCCUUCAAGGCGGUAGCAUCCUCGAUGUCAUCCUCGCCCGGCCCGCGCUCUCCUCCAAAUAUGCCAUUCGCGCCGUGACCCGCGACACAACCAGCGAGAAAUCCCAAGCCCUCGCUGCCAAGGGAGUCGAACUCGUCCGUGCCGACCUCGACGACCUCGCCUCGGUCACCGCCGCAGUCCAGAACAGCUACGGCGUCUUCGGCGUCACGGAUUUCUGGUCGCACCUGUCCAAGGACCGCGAGAUCCGACAGGGCAAGAACAUCUUCGAGGCCUCCAAAUCCGCCGGCAUCAAGCACCUGGUCUUCUCCGCCCUGCCCAACGUCAGCAAGCUCAGCCAGGGCCGACACACUCAGGUCGAGCACUUCGACGGCAAGGCCGAAGUCGCCGAGCACAUCGAGGCGAACAAGGGCGACAUGUGGGCGAGCUACUACAUGCCCGCUAUGUACAUCGACUUCCUCAAGAACCUCGUCCACCCCGUCGACGGCGUGCCGACCUUGAGCCUGCCCUUCCCCGACGAGAACAUCCCGUGGCCGUUGGUCGCGCCGCGCCGCGACGGCGGCAAAUACGUCGUCGGCCUGUUCGAAGCCGGGCGGGAGGCCGACGGCGCGCACGUGCAGGGGAUCAGCACCUGGACCUCGCCGCGCAAAUUCGUGGAUCAGCUCGGAGAGUCCCUGGGCCGGGAGGUCCGAUACCAGCCCGUCAGCGGGGAGGCGUUCGGCCGCAAUUUCCCCGAGGCCAUCCGGGCGGACCUGGUCGAUAUGAUGCUGUGGAUCGGCGAGGACAGCUACUACGGCGCCGGCAGCCCGGCGAAGCAGGCCGAGAGCGAGAGAUUCCUCGUCGAGGACGCAGAUCUGCUCGAUGUGCCGGGCUUCAUCAGGGAGGCGCAGCCAUGGAAAGUUUAAUGAUUAAUAAUACCAAUGAUGAGAAUGAGAAACAAUGGAUUCAUGUUCCUUUCCACACACGCGUCGUCCACCUCUCACUUGCCGCCUUGCAGGCCAUAACACUACGUCAUAAUUCUCAGUGUCGUCGACGUUCAGCGCAGCGAUUCUCCAGGGACGGCGAUGUGCCACACAUCACACGACGAGGAGCAGUUUUGAGGGCGUCUAGGUGCAUACGACGAAUGUCAA